GAAAGCGCUGUGCGGGUAACCGUGUUUUUGUUGUUUUUGCGAGUUUAUGUUUUCUUUUUCGUGUUUUCCUUAUUCCUUAUUUUCGAAUUUGUUCGUGUUUGUUUGUGUUGCGCGUUAAUUUCCCUACCGCAAAGGUACAGGAAAGUUUGUUUUGGUUUAGUGUCGUUAAAAAAACAGCCGUCCGAAUGCAAUGCUUUCGCAUAGCGCAUGGCCUCAUCGCCUGUCCCCGUCCACCAGUCACUUCUUGACACGAACGACUACCACCUUAGCGCACGCGCAAUCGGAAGAAUCGGGUAUCGAACCGGGUCAUAUAGCGACAAUCACCGGAUCCUUCGUGUCGUUUGGAGGACAGGAGGUACUCGAUCACUACGACACCGAUCAUACCGAUUUGGGAAGCGAGGUAGAUGAGGGAGAAUCAAAAAGGGAAUUACUGAGGGAUCAAUGGAGACAGUUUUUUGAUAAGUUUGAUCCGGAAGGCUUUGGUGAGAUACCAUGGCCGGAUUUUAUCAACGUUAUGGAACAGCCAGAGUUCAGAGAACGAGUCAAUACCGGGAAACGUCAAAUUUUUCUAGAAAAAUCAAACACUGCCACUACGCCUGCCAUUACCUUUCAAGACUUCGUCAAUGUGAUGACUGGAAAACGAUCAAGAAGCUUUAAAUGCGCCGUUCACCACAGAGAUCGAGAGGUAUCGUCAGAGAACGAUUUUCAUUUGCUCUUGGUCGAACCCCCACUUUUUCGGAGGUAA